AUUGCUUAAAGUGGUAGCGUUGUAGCGAGUCCGAAGAGGGAUGACAAUUUAUUUGUCAGUGAAUUACUGAAAUACCGAAUUGCAGUGCUUUUAAUAGUCAGUUUCGACAGAAGCCGGAGGCUAACAACUACGUUUAGACCCAAAAAGCUGAAGGCUUUUUCAAUUAAGGGGAAACCUUUUAAAAAGGCUAAUUAAGGUAAAGCGCUGUAACUCUAACAAAGAUGGUAGUCUUCCCAGUACUUCCCAGUUAUUAUGUCUUCGCAUUGGGGAUCUUUGCUGCUUUUCCAAGUCGUUCUAAAGGUAAAACGUUUCCUUCUAUUGCAGACUAUGUUGUUAAUAAACAAGUUCAUUAGGAACAUAUUUCAAGCUCAUUCCUCAAGCUAACAUAUUUGUGUCCUCCUUUCUCUUGAAAAGCUUUUAGCCAAGGGUCGAUUGGUGGCCUAUUUUAUGUCAACUUCAUGAUCGAUCAAUUUUCCUACCUGAGUAUCACAAGUAUUGGACGGAGUCUUGUUGAAGACGAAAACGAUUGUGGCUACGCCUGUCUAGAAAUUCCUUCGUGUUUUUCUUACAACGUUGCUGCCUUCCCUGACGUCAACAGGAAACUUCUGUGCGAACUCCUGCCAUCUGAUAAGUAUAACAACUCAGACAAGUUCAACGCCAGCAAAGAGUUUCAUCACUUCUUUAUUCCGGUGAGUCAAACUUCCAAGUGUGACCCUCCACGAAAUUUCAGGGAAUAAGGUGAUGUACGGACACACUAAAAUGACACGCUAAUCAACGGGGAGUGUGCAAAAUGACACGUUAGCGUGCGAGUAGUGUGCCAUCAGGCACGUUUAAUUAACAUUUUCGUUUUGGGGAAACACAGAGAAUCGUGUCCUUUGAAAGCAGUGUUGGCUGAGCUAAAUGACACGCUAGUAAGAAAAAUGACACGCUAAUGAACAAAAUCGCACGCUAGCUAGGAUGCAAAAUGACACGUUAAACACCAGCUGUGUCUACUUCAACUUACCGUGUUGUCGUACAGUGCGGUGUCCGUUUUGUCUGUAAGUAAGUUCAAGUAACAUAGAAUGAACCCACACACGCGACCGACAAAUGUGCCUUCGUAAUCUGCCGCACGCCGAAAACGAACCAAAAUUUCGAUCUUGAACUUUUCCUUGAAUUCAGUUUCCCGUUCUGAGUUUCAAGAAACCAGUAAUUUUGAAUAUUCAGCACUCGAAGGGAUUUCGAGAAAACUAUUUAGUUCUCGAGAAAAAUAUCACAACCAUUCGCACGUGCAGCGAGUUGCACCGAACGACGGCGUUUUAUACAAGUACGAUUUAAACGAAGUUGAGUUAAAGUUUUGAGGCGAUAAAAAGGGACCAACAUAAAGUUUUUUUUUUUUUUACUUUGAAUUUUGGAAAUUGACUUUGUAUUUUUGUAUAAAGUCUAUCUCUUGUACUAUAAAAAAAAGAGGUUUUUAUUUUUGGUGCAUAACGUCAGUAAGGUGUGAAGGUAUGUACUUACACGCUUGCGUGCGAAGACGUUAACAGAUUGAAACUGAUCUGAAAUAGUCGCUGCGACUCUCUUUUCGUGUGAUCAAAAACAUAGUUUUUGAGAGGCUUUCAAAAUUUACCACAAAACGUACGACAAAAAAUAGAAGGCAUAGAUAAUCUCCGACUGUACCAUCCCUAAAGGCCUUUGUACAUUCUGCUUUUGUUUCCCCACUAAAAUCCUCCACCUUGAUGCUCCAUUUUUCCCACUAAAAUGCUCGCUAGUCCCCAAAAAAAGUUAUUAAAAUGCUCAAUAAUGCGCAUCAUAGAGAGGCAUUUUUUAUUAAUUCUAAACAUUUUACGGGGGUUUAAGACUAACAAAUAUUUUUAAAAGAUCAUCUAUAGUUUUUUGAACUACUUUUAAAAUCGUCAUUUCUCUUCAAAAAUGUUUCAAUUUUUUUUUUCUGUAAGUAAAAACACCUAGUUUUCCUGGAAAAUGCCACUAAAACGCUGGAAUCAUGUUUAAUGCUUUUGCCUCUUUCAAUGCUCGGGAAAAAAAUGCUAGCAUAAUGUACAAAGGCCUACGUCCGUAGCAAGAUAGAAAACGCGGAAGUUCGAGUGUUGUAGAUGCAAGUAACAUUUGCAUAUGUCACAUGUAAUGUGAAACCUCUUGCUUUUUGCACGCAACGCAACUUUACAAACAUACAACAGCGACCUUACAGUUCUAGAAGCAAACCGCCAUGAAAAAAGUCAUGUUUUUGGUACUGAAAGUUAUUCUACUAUUACAAGAGAGGAUAAAGGGGACAGAGAACGCAUGCCCCAUACACAAUCUAUUCCAUGGGUAAUUCGUCUCGAGCUAUUUUUAGAAUCGGGAUAAAGUUAACGCGCGCGCUGCGUGGAUGUUUCGUGGAGGUUUCGCAUGACUAAACGCCGUGCAAAACAUGUCGCGCGAAAGGCAAUGAAAGCGUAAAGAGAUCGAGAGCAUUCCUGAAUAUUGAAGCAAAAUGAGUCCGUGCUCACCUGGGAAAAGGGAAUCGCUGGACUCUUUGACAACCCUUGAAAUCAGUUUAACUCGAAGUUGUCGUAACCUCAGGACUUUAAUAAAAUUAGAAAUUUUGCCGGUCUAUUGAAACCGGUCGUUUGUACAAUAAAGCAAGUAGGACGCCAAGCGUUAUUGUUGUUGAAUAAUAAAAGACUAAUCGAAGAAUAAAUAUCAAACCAGAAAUUGCUCUCUUCAAACUGUAAAUUAUAAAUGAUCCUGAGAGAAUAUGCAGUGUGUUAAGGAUUUCCCUGCUGUACUGUUAGCUCUAUACAUGAGAGGAAGGGCGAUUCUUGAGAUUCCCUUGAGAUCUGUAGUGUUAAAAAUAACUCGAGACGAAUUGCCUAUGGAAUAGGGUGUGUAUGGGGGAUGCCUUCUCUGUCCCCUUUAUCCUCUCUUGACGAUUAUUAAAUUCAUUCGAGAUCAUUUUCGGACAAGAAACUUCAACCGCGCUGCAACGGAAGGCGGCUGGGAGAGGAAGUCAUAUGAAUUUUAGCCGCCCGCGAGCAAAUCGUAGGUGCUAGGUUUGCGAAAAUUGCAGCCGUGUGACUGAGAAAAAAAAAAGGCGACAAGUUUGUUUGCCUCCGGUGAGCUCGAAAAUCAUACUAGAAAAGGAAAAGUAAAAGAUGGAAACUGGAGGAGAAAGAAAGGAGGGAAAGAAAAAAAAAAAAAAAAAAGCAGUGGCUGCAUUCUUAGUUUUUAAGUCAAGUUCUUUGAAGAUAGCAUUUGAAAGAGAAAAAACUGCCUGAUGGGAGAGAUAUAUUUUGGCUGUAAAGUUAUGAUUACCCAUGCAGCUAGGCAGAAAUCUGAUAAACAAAAUAAUACAUUUAACAUGUAACGGCUAAUACUUAAGUAACGGCUUUCGUCUUUUUUUUUUUUUUUUUUUUUUUUUUUUUUUUAGAUUUAAAGCCUUACGACUAAAUUUGUCGGUAUUUUAAAGCUAACAGUUCUCUCUAUUUCUUUGUUAGCCCCUUGUUACUUUGGUUUUCCUUCAGUGGAGAUGGUCUUUCUGUGCAAUAGUCAACUGUGUUUAAUAUUUAUUAUUUUUGAAAAACCAAAAAGGUCUCUUUUAUCACCGAAAACUAGGUAGCAGUUUUUCUCUUUUCUUUAAGUUUUCUACGAAAGUAACAAAGACAUUUUGCGCAUUUUUUGUUUGAGCGUAUAAUGUCAACUACCGUGGGUGUCCUGCGUUAAAAGCUCAAAAUGUUUAACGCUUAAUUUUGACAUGUUCCACAGAACAUACUUUGGCGGAUUUUUAUUAUGUUGCUAGAUAAGUCCACCCUUACUUAAAUGGCGUUGAAAACAGUUCUGUUGCAAUUAGUCUAAUCAGGAGCCCAUUUUUUGAUGUUGAGCCUCUAAAAUGCCUAGAUUGACUGGACUAUUUUCGGCUAUGACUGAAAUGACGCAUGUAAGUUGAUCACGUAAUUUUCCCCAAUUCGAGGCCCUUGAUUUUCGUGUAAUUAUGCACGCGUAUUAAAAAGUAAAUACUUUGAGUACUAUAGAUUAGAAAAUAUUGUAGCGGGGAAGUCCUGUUUUGUGGUGUAUUGAGGCGUUACGUUUCUCAGAAUAUUGUCGCAAUUACUGGAUAUCUACGGUUAAAUAUAUUCACUUUGUUCUUUGUAUUUGAUUGAUAGCCUCUCGCAGAUGUUAAGUUGUGAAGUCGCGUUACACUGUAUAAAUACUUGAGAUAUCAAUGAUUUAACCUUCGACUAAUACUAGAGGCAACUUCAACAACCCGUCUGACGUUACGUAUGUGUCACGGAUGUGUUUAUACGGGUAGCUUUGUAUUUGACUAUCACGUACUCUACUUCAACACUUCCAUGUCCAUAGAAUAGAAAUCCCAUAUAGGGCUUUACCGGAACGGGUCGGUCCACGAAUUCUAUCGCUUGAAAGCGUUCAUUACUUUAGAACAAGUGAUUAUCUUACUUCAGUGAUCGAAAAAAGAAUAACCUUGAGGAGCAAAUGUCACCUUAAUGCAGCCAUGUAGAUGAUCUUUUACACAUUUUGUUAGUCUUAAACCACCGGAAAAUGUUUAGAAUUAAUAAAAAAAUGUCUCUUUAUGAUAAGCGUUAUUGAUCAUUUUAGUGACUUUUUUGGGGACUAGCUAGCAUUUUAGUGGGAAAAAUGGAGCGUCAAGGUGGAGGAUUUUAGUUGGGAAACAAAAGCAGAAUGUACAAAGGCCUAUACGGAAGGUACAGUCGGAGAUUAUCUGUGCCUUCUUUAGUAGUUGGUGUUGAUGGCCUGAUCUUGGGUAGCAAUGACAAAGCCAUCUGUUAAGCCCAGACUUAAGCCCAGCUUUCUUAAGCCAUUGGUUGAUCAUUUGAUGGUCAUUUUUGGGUAUUGCCCAUACAUUGGUUUAUCUUCCCAUUUUUUUGUUUCAAUUGAUCUUGGGCAUGGAGCUUUGCUUUCUGUUUAACUUUUCUGGCAUAGACAGUUGGAGCUUUGUUCUCAGGUUCCAGUGUUUAAGGGAAGUUGAGCUCUCUUUUAACAUUGUAGCCUGGCUAGGUACGGAGUACUUUUUCUUUGUUCUUUUUUUGUUUUGUUUUGUUUUUUUGAUGCUCUUUAGCAAUCACGAGAAGGGGGUCAUUUUUGGUGUUAAAGCAAGUAUCUAAGCGUAUUGUAGCUGUUUUAUGGGCCGUUUCCAGUUGGCUCAAGCCCCUGUAACCCUCAUUUCUAGGAAGGUACAUUCUAUCCAUGUCAGCUUUUGGGUGUGGUGCGUCCUUUGUAAGGUGAGUAAUUUUCUCGUUUUUCGAUCUAGUUGUCUCAAAUCUUUCAUUUUCCAGUCAACGAUGUUAAAGCUGUAAGCUACGAGUGGUGUGUUUAUGGCUUCCACUCUAUUAACUGCAUCGAGCUCAGAUUUUGUUACAAUUCGUAUUCUGCGAUAGUGCUGCUUUCUAAUCUUUCCUUUUAUUUUGGCGUGUUGUAUCUCGUCCCCUUCAUUCACUCCCAGGUAUUUGUAUGUACCUUCUUGCUCCAGUUCUUGGAUGGUGGUGUCAAGCUCAAUUUGGAUGUUUUCCGAGGUGGAUGUCGUCACUGAAACCUUUUACGAUGGUCAGAAGGCCAGUCUGUUCUUGGUCAUUUUUUUCCAAAUGUUUUCAUGUCAUCCAUUUAGAAUAAGUGAUUGAUAGUACACGUACUUAGCUUGAAGUAUAUCAAUGACUAGUGCUGUUGAGAAGAGCGGAUGGUGGAGCAAUGAUGAUGUUGAUCCAGGCUGUUGACAGAUUUUUUUUCUCUUUUACUUUCUCAAUAAUGGAACUUGUUUAUUUAAAGCUGAUCUUUGCAGCCAUAGCUUCCUUUUCGACAGCCCUUUUUUCAAUGGGUAGCAGAUGUUUUUAUGAAGAUGUUUGUAAACUCUGUCGGUGAUGAUGGAUGUUAAUAUAUAUUAUUGGUUGUAGGAACGCAUGUGAUGGGGCGACAAUUGUUAGGAUUUUUAGUGUCUUCUUUUUUGGGAAGCAGAUAAGUGGUACCAGUUGUUAGCUAGCCAGGACAGAUUUCAGGGUUGCUGAGACAUUCAUUGUAAACAUUUGUUAGGUCUUGGUGUAAGGAAGGCAAGUUCCUGAUCCAGAAGUUUGCUAUCUCGUCCUUAGCAGGGGCUUUCUAGCUCCUAGCUUUUUCAAUUGCUGUUUUUGUUUGUUCUAGGGUUAUUUAUGGUGAUACUUGAUGAUUGACUUCAGUAAUCGCAGUUUCUAUUUGGGUGAGCCAGUCAGCGUUUUUGUCGUAACUCUUUUGUUUUUCGAAGAUGUUUCCCCGGAAGCUCUCUACUUCAUCAAUUUUAGGUGGUUCCUUGAUCUCAGUGUACUUUUCCCCUAGUUCUCUAUAAAAUGUCUUUGCAUUUUCUCUGUAAGUUUUGUUCUGGUGGAAAAACUUCCCUCUGUUUUCAAAUCGCCCAGUGAUUCUGUAACAGCAGAGGCAGUUGCAUACGCAAGAUGGUUGGUAUCUGUGAGAUAUUGGCGCAUAUUGCUCAUCUGUCCGGUUGCUGGCUUUGUUUGCUGUGUCACUCGUGUUUUAUUUUUGGAAUUGGCAGCCUCUUACUUAUUGGUGUUUCCUUGGCUAUUUCAUGUCUUUGGAGGAUACUUUCUUUCAUGAUGUUCCCAUACUUAUCUUGUGUAUCUAUGUUCAGUGGUUCUUGUGUAUCAGAUUCAUUAUUUUUGUCAUUUUCCUGAUUUUUAUUUGCAUUUUGCUUCUCUGGCGCUACACUCGUACCUCUUGUAAGAGGUGUAGUAUUUUGAUUUUUCUGCUUCACACUUAUCUGGAUAGCUUGCAGCUCCAUUUUGGUUAGUCGUUCGCUACUGGAAAUGUCACGAAGGAAAUUUUCCAGUUUGUUGGCAUUUAAGUUGAGCCUCUUGGUGAUGUUAUUAGCGCGCAAUAUGUCGUAGGUUCCUUGAGUAAUAGAUGUUUUGGGAUUAAGGGGAGCAUUGUAAAAAGCUUCCAUAACGCCUUUGUACUCUUUCCGAGACCAUUCUUGUAGACUGGCUUUAGAGCAAUUGUGAGAUGGUGCAAAAUGAGGGCCACUUUGAGGGGUGUGGAAAUCCUCAGGUGCAUGAUGGGAAAUAGUUUGUUCCAGUCAUAGAUAUUUUGACUUCAGCCUGGUUCCCUACUGAUGGACGCAGCCCUUGUUCACCCGCACGACGACCGACCGAAUUUUUAUCCAUGACUUGCCACGUCUUAACAUUAGUUGAGGUUGGUUUUUAUUCAGAAUGUCAUUCUCCCAGGUGAGCUGUCAACCAAGACUAAGGAGCCCCUCCUACCCCUAUGUUUUAACCCUAACUGGGGUGGCUUAGGGGCUGCAGAUACUUGCUUAAGGUAUCACCCCAGACUCUGGUGGACGGGAGCGUCCACAUUCCUGUGGUAUAGGCUAAGGCUCUAGCCUGUCCUACCCCUGUAAUGAAGGAUUAAAUUAACUGCAAAACCGUGGACGAAGAUCCUGUUAGUUGUAAACGUUGGAUCUCUAGAAAAAGAUCUAAUCAGCCAUAAUAUAAAGAACCAAGAACGAGAAGUCAAAGACAAGUGCAAAGCUGAUUUAAUAUAACGUGUAUUGUUUUUUUUUAUAACAAUAUUUUGGCUGGCCAUACCAGCCUUCUUCAGGUUUACAGAUGUUACUAAACUUACGUAGCGAUCACAAUAUUAUAUAGAUGGAGAAUGUCGCAGUAAAAAUUGUAAUAAAUACCCUUGUGCCCUAUCAUCAUCAUCAUCAGCAGCAGCAGCAUUAUCAUCGUCAUCAUCAUCAUCAUCAUUAUUAUUAUUUUUAUUAUUUAUUUAUUAAUCUUUUUUUAUUUUUUACUCUACUUUAUUUUAUUAGUAUAUUUUGGAAAAUAAACUUGCUUCUUGCUGAAAAUAGUGAAAAUUCAUAGAGCACCCAGCCUCGAAUAAGUGCUCACUCUCAAGGACAAAAUAUUCAAUGACCGCUCAGAGCGCUUGACCGAAUCAUCACGUUAAGCUGAGAAGGGGCGGCCUUAAUCAGGACUCACGAUAAGGCAUCUAACAUGCCUUUCUUUCUACAGUCUUCUUGUGACAGUUCGCCCUGUAAGAACACUGGCAAAUGCAUUCCCUUGUACCAGGAAAAUGGAUAUACGUGUAUCUGCGUGGAAGGAUUCACGGGACGAAACUGCAAAAAGAGUAAGCAAUACUAAGAAAUACUUUUUGUCGUUUUGCUUUUGUUUUGCUGCCCCUGUUUUGCUGUUCGAUUCGUAUUAAUGAAUUAAUGUGUUACACAGGCUGAGUAUACAUUUUGCUUUGAUCAUGUCUCCCGCAGAUAUAGACGAGUGUAAGAGCAGUCCCUGUUUAAACAACGGAACAUGUACUGACCGAAUCAAUUCAUUCAGCUGCAAUUGCCCCCCUGGAUUUGUCGGGAAUCGAUGUGAAAGUGGUUAGAUAAGUCUUUCAGCUGAAAUUUUCCAUUGCUUAUCCUAUAUCAUAAACGAGUGUCCUUUUUUUAAGCGUCUUCCGAUAUUAUUGUGUUACAGACAUAAACAAGUGUAAGAGCAACCCCUGUCUCAACAACGGAACUUGCACUGACAGAGCCAACGGAUUCAACUGCAGUUGUCCAGCUGGAUUUGCUGGGAAGCGAUGUGAAAUAGGUGGGAAAAAGGAGUGAUAAAUAGAGCUGAAAAUUAUGAGUGUGGAUAUAUCAUGUGUAACUCAUGGAAAAAAAAUGAACCAGUUGGUUGUAUUUGACAGGUUGUCAUCUACAUGGUCCCAAGCCUCCGUUUCAAAGUGAGGCUAAGUACGAAGCCAUUGUCUUGAAAAUGAUUUUUUAUUCUCAUGCAAAUGAAAGUCAUUUUCACUAGAGAGGUUUUGCUCUAAGCCUCGUUUUGAAAACUAGUUAUUUUGGAACUCGGAAAUGGUCUAUUCUUUCCGUUUUUAGCUGUGUAGGUUAGAAAGCAAUUGUUUAAGAUAAUCACAACUGAGCUGUGCCUUAAGUUAAGUUCCGUCUACGUACACUGUUUUAGUUUAGCGUGUUAUCCCGACUUAGCGCCGAUAAGAUAAUGUAUUAAAUCACGACGCCUUCUCACGACCCUGUUGUCUUCGUGCCUUGCUGAGGGUUUCUUGCCAACUGAUUGCAUUUCAUCUUAUUCUGUAGAGGUUGACGCGAAUCCUUUAAAGUUAUGGUAAAACAGGCACAACAUUGCUACAUGUACAAAGCGAGUUGAAAAACGAUGUUGCACGUUUGGCACCUGUCUGUCCACCAUUAAAAGGUGUUUACGCAACACAAACAACUCAGUUACAACGUCUUUUAAAGGACCGCCUGAUCACAGUUUAACUUUAAUUAAGCCCAAAUCUUGCUUGCGUGUUAGUAAUACUUGUUGAGUCGUUACGAAUGUGGAAGGUCAGCAUAUGUUUCCUGUCUGCCUUGAACUUUUCCAUGCCAAGUUUUCCUAGCUUAUCUAAGCUUCUCUUCAGAAUAGCUGUCUUAUUUUGUUUGAUUUGUAAGGAAAAGGACACAAGUUAAGGAUUCAGGUCUGGGUAAAAUUCCUAACAACUUUCUUUUUGACUAAAUGCUUAUUUGAAAGUGUGUACCGUCAAUUUUAUAUCAUAGUCCUGCACCGGCAGAAUUAUGUGCAUUCUUUUCUCUGAAAUUGAUUUUCUUCCUUAAGUUUCAUAUAAACAAGGUUAACACGAUCUGGUUGAUGGGCGUCUUUUCGCAGCCUGCGCAUACUUAAAAAAGUAAUUUUAUCCCUGGAAAAGUUGCCACACGUCUUUGCCAUGUUUCGCCCGAAUGCAGCUUGCCUGAAUGAGGACUCCACCCGAUAUAAACUAGUGUGAAACCAAUUCUUAUUUUCUGUUUCACCUUUAGAUGUUAUCUCAAAUGUGGUAACACAGUUUCUUUCGCCUGCGAUUGGGAAUAACAGCAACUGGGCUCUUUGUUGGCAGGCCUCCACUCAUGGCUGGGCUGGCACUACCUUUCACAACAAAUGCGAUGGGAAACGUCACACGAUUACAAUCAUCAAAAAAGAUCAGUACGUGUUUGGAGGAUACACUGAUAUUCCUUGGAGUAAGAAAAACGUCCUUUUAGUCAGACUGAAAUUGAAAAUAAGACACGCCGCUUGUAUAGCGCGUUUGUAUUGUGGUUUAUGGUCUAUAGUCACUGAACUCUUCUAAUCUAGUGCUACAAAUACCAGAAAAAUGUCUUCCCUUGUUGCCACCUCCAUUGUCAGUUGAAUCAAUGAAAAUAACCAAUGUGACAGUCCUGAUCUGUUUAAUUCAGCAAGAAAGAAAGUGGUAGGAUAAAUUGACCCAUCACCAUGUUUACUUUUGACUUUCCAAACUUGUAGGGAUUUGUCCUGAUAACUGGAUUCAUCUACAAGGUUCCUGCUACCAAUUCUCGUCAAAGAGUUUGAGCUGGACCGCUGCAAAAUCUGCCUGUGAAGCUAAGGGGUCUAAGCUCGCCAUGGUGACAUCAGAAGCCGAACAACAAGCACUUGUCUCCAAAGUAUCACAAAAUGUAUGGAUUGGUUUGCGGAGGGACCCCAAGGUCCAUUCACGUUGGUUGUGGGUUGAUGGAUCAAGAGCGACAUAUACUCACUGGUAUCCUGGAGAACCGAACGAUCAUGGGGGAAAUGAGGACUGCACAGUUAUGUUUCCUCCUGCCGGAAAAUGGAAUGAUGGUCAAUGUUCCAGCAGUCUUCAACACCUUUGUGAAACCAAUGGUAGGCGGCGGAUAAUUGUUUGCUUAAUAUUGUUAAGUUAUUAUAUAGUUACAUAAACGCGCACAUGUAUGAAUGUGGGAAGCGUACAAUGCAAAGCGUUUCAUCCUUGUAUUUUUUAUUUAAGUUAAUGAUCCCAAAAAUUAAAGUAAAAAAAAAUGGAACAGGCUAAAUAUCCAACGCGCAGUCGUGGAAUAAUUGUUAAAUAUUCUAAAGGGGGUUACGUCACGUUUCCUAUUGUUAUUGCUUUUCAGCGUUCGUGGAUGGAUACGGUACGACUUCCAAGUCGUUUAUUUUCUCUCUCCUGGAUAAAGAAGGGCUUGCACCAUUUAAGAGCAUGGUGACGAAUAAAUCAUUUGCAAUUUACCGUGGGUCAAGUUACGGUCCAACAUUUGGUAGGGAGUAUGACGUCUACAUUGCUGAUAAUGCCAAUCAGAAUGCUAAUUCCUACACUAAUUUUGGCACCUCUUACUCUCUUCCGAAUGGAGUUACCAACAGUUCUACAAUCCUAGCUGGAACUCGUUACUUCUUACCUGACGAGGUUGAGGUAUUUUAUCUCGCUUGAGUCCUUACUAGGUUAGGAGCUACGUCUCAAUUUUUUUUCCCAGUAUGUUAAAACCUUAAAGACACAUUGGAAUAACAGGGAAAAAAUGAAAUAAUGUCUCAGUUUUAUUGAAAAUUACUCUUCUAAUAUACCUCCACUUUAGGUGAAUGGCUUAGGCUUUUAAUGGCCAGGAUUUAAACGGAUUCCAAAUUAAAAAAAAAAAAAUGGGCAAACUUUUUUUCAAUUUACUCCUGUGUUGUUAAAAUGUGAGCAUAAACAAAUCAUAGCAAGUGUACCUUUCGAUGAAAAUCAUUUGACGUGUUUCUUUUACAGUUCUGAUAAGUGAGAUACCGAAAAUAUGACAGAAUACUUAGUUACAAUUUUAGCUCAGCUUUGACUAGACAAAGUGUAAAUAUCCAUUACAUAGCCCCUUUAACCUUAUGAUUAAGCAGCACAACCAAGGGUUGGAACCUCUAACAAGGUUUAAUCAUACCGUGGGGAACGGCAGCAGGGUUUAGGAGCCCGG